AUGGAGACCUUCCAGCUGAAGAACCUGAACCCUGCGCAGCUGUUUCAGCUGUUGUUCCUCACCGUGCUGGAGCUGGCAGAGCGCUUCCAGAUCAACCUGAGGGGGCGGCCGCGUGUUUUCAUGCGGGAAGAACCUGAUGAGGAAAACCCACCAGAAGCUGUCCAGCCACCACCGGUGCCAGCUCAUGGGCCAGUACGUGCUCGCAGAUGCCAGAGUGCCUGCCGCUUCUGCGUGCAAGGCUGCGACCGAACGAAGCCCUACCACAAGCAUCAUGCUUGCCAAGGACAUGCCCACCUGAGGCAAAGACUGCGACGCAUGUUGCAGGAAGAACAGCUGAACUGCCAGAGCGUUCUCUGUACUUGGUUGUUGUCAAUGUUUGCAUGGGGACACUUUAGCGUGCAACGAGUACAAAAGAUCAGUGCUUUGGUUAUGAAAGAUUUGAAGAGUGCUGAGACUUCUGAAACAAUCUGGAAUGACUUGGAGACAUUAUCCAAGUUAGGAACUGAAGGUCUGUACGCGAACAAGAUGCACACGGAGCUCAUGGGCAAAUGCAAAGGCUUGUCUAACCUACCGGAGCCUUACCCAGUGGAUAUCCAAUAUGCUCCGCCUUUGGGCAUGCAGAAACAGGAUGUUUUUCUUCCUCAUGAAGUCUUCAGCGCAAUUUAUCACAAGUACUCGGUGGAGCAAAGCCGACUAAAUAUCCAGUUUGAGAACAUUUUGGACGACCACAAGGAUGACUAUGCCUUACCCCUUGCUGCCUACACUGCCUUUAUGAAUACUUUUGUGAUCUCCCGAGCUCAAGCCAUGGACGUGCUUUGCGACCGCGAUGAGUCCCCGUGGUUCAGGGUCCUUUCAGGAAUGGUGCACAAGUUUUACAAUGGCUGUCCAGGGCAACGAAAGGAGGACCAUUCCGCAGGGUUCCACGAACGUUCUCGCUUUCAGUGGGGAAGUUGGGAAAUCAAGACCAUGAAUGGCCUUGUGGUUCCUCGAUGGGAUCUUUGGAUGUCGAACCGUGGCAAAGCUCGAGACUUUUUCGAAAGUUGGCUACAUGUGCAGAUGCGAGACUCUCCAGGCAGCGACCUCACCUACCAAGUAUUGGUCUUCUUGGAUCGGCUCUUCAUGGCAGGCUUGAAGCUAUAUGGUGAAGACCACCGAGAUGUCUUUGAAAAUCCUGAAGACUUCUUUGUGCGAAUGCUGCGACAUGAAGGGUACCGUGUCGAAGAUCAGAAAAUAUGGCUUGUUGACGAGAGCAGCGGCUGGUGGGAGGAGAAAAAGCCAUGUGGUCUAAAUUUGAAGGAAGCGUUUGACUUGUUGCACGAUGUGAAACUAAAAGACAUCAUGCAGCAGUGGGUUGAACCCAAUGCACACUUCAACGGAAUAGCAAGAAAGCAGGCAGAGUAUUGGCGCUGGUUUUAUCAGCAUGCACAAAACGAGCAGCUCACUGCAGAUGUGACUGCUGAUUCUGGACAUCGGGUCGAGCAGCUCACUGCAGAUGUGACUGCUGAUUCUGGACAUCGGGUGUUCCAGGACGUGGACAAGGGCGCCUUCUGUGGCCUGCUCUGCCAGGUCGAUGCGCAAUGCCCCAGCGGGGCGCAGUGCAAGCAGUUGAGUCAGAUGGGCGUGGGCCUCUGCAUGUACGCCGCAUCCUUCACCGACUGGGCACGUGCCGCCACCACGCGCAAAUUGGCCGUGGGUUGGCCCAACAGGGGCGGCCAACUCGCUAGCUUCCAAGUCGCCAAGACUUUUCAGGCCCUACAGAAUCUGAAGUCCAAGUAUGGCGUGGAUGACGGCGACGUCGAUAUGUUGACUUUGAAGGAGUUGCUGAACUCCAUUGCCCCAGCGGGCACAGCGAAUGCAGCUGGAAGCAGCGCGGGAAACACCGCGCUUUCUGCUGCCGCGGUUUCUGCAGUGCCAGGACCUUCUGGUGGUGCGGCUGCGAGUCAGCCCUCUGGCUGGAGUCUCUUCGGACAAGCGGGCCGAGAUGUCGGCCUUUGGGAGAAGGACCUGAAUCGCUUGGGAAACGAGAUGAGUCAAGGACUACCAGGAAUUGAGAAUGAAAUUCAGCGAGACGUCUACUACGCAGAACAUUUGGGCACCUUCGGCAGUGCUCAAAGCCUUCUCAGAGUUGUGAUCAUCUUGGCCAUCAUCUACCUGCUGGUGGGUUCCUUCAUCAAGUACCAGCUCAUGGGCGCCUCAGGAAUCAAUGCCAUUCCUCAUGUGGGCUUUUGGCUGGAUUAUCCACAGCUUGUGAUAGAUGGUGUGACCUACUCCAAGAUCCUUCUAGAUGGCGCCAUGGGAAAGGCGCCGCGAUCUCAAAACUUCGAGGAUCUCUAUGGAGGCCUUCACAUGUGGUGCGCUAAGGUCGCGGUGCUGGCGCCGGAGCCUUCGAGGGAGAGACCCAACAUGAUCCAGCGACUCUACGACAAGCAGAGCCAAAACAUCAGCGUACAAGUCAUAGCCAAAGAUCAGAAGGGCCGCAAUGAGACAGCAAUCGACCUGGACAACAAGGGCGCUUUGUUUUUCACAAACACCGGCCCAAACAGGCCCAAAGGCACGCAUCGAAUUUGUGCCAACGAUGCCUUUGGAGGUGGAGGGUCAACAGACCAUAUUUUUGGCCCAAAAGAAAAGGAAGAUGCGGCUCCUUCCGCCACCUACCAGGCACCGGUUGACCUUAUCGCUGACCUCUUCGGCGGCCCAAGGACUGCCACGGCUGUUGCGGUGCAGAGUCGCCCACAGGUCAGUGUAGGCAAGGUGGUCAUGCUGAAUUCACAGCCCAGCGCCUCCAGCGCCUCCAGCGCCUCCUUCGUCCCAGCGAGAGAACGCGCGGCCGUGCCGGUGGCAAGGGUGGCGCGGCCGAGCGUGGUGAUAGCACCACCACCGGAGGAGAUGAAUGCGUGGCUAUCAGCAGCGCGCAACUUCGACAUGAACACCGACUUCGAUGUGGCGCCACUGUUAGCAGAUCGGAGGCGCUCCAUCCAGGAGGUGGUGGACGUAAUGAAGGUGAACAGCGGUGGAAAGGGCACCAUCCAGGCGUUAGGCGAUAAGAUUGUCCUGUCGAAGCUCUUAGAAAAUCUGGGCAUUCCACAGAUGCCAGUGUUGUUCUCCACCUACAGCAAGGUGGAGCAGCAGGAGGUAGACAGUUUGGUCGCCUCCUGGAAAACCGAGGAGGAUUUCGACGUGGUGAUUAAGCCGACGCACCUCAGCAGCGCUGCGGGUGCCAUUUUUAUGUGCAAAAGCAAGUGGGAGAAGGAUGGCUGGAAUGCCCAGAAACUCAAGGAGCACAUGGAAACAUACUUGCAGAAGAAAGCCUCUGAGUCGGAAAGUGAGGCCUUGAAAUCUUUGGUGCCCGGAUUUGUGGUGCAGCCGCGCUACCGCUCGUCCGUGGGCUUCAACUUUCCCUUGGAGUUGCGUGUGGUGACUCUUUGGGGCAAGGCACGCGUUGGCAUUUGGUGGUGGGGGCGUCAUAGUGAUCCCAAGGGACGGCGAAGCACCUGGUUCGUCCGGAAGCCCGCGAAAGCCGGAGAACUUUCCGAGAAUGAUGAUUGGGAGGUGAUCCACGAGCACCGCGGUGGAAAUCGUGGCUUCGAGGUCUCCUUGAAGUUGUUCAAAGAGGCCAUGCCAGUGAUGUGCACGGCGGCCGAAGCGAUCGCCACGGCAGUGGGAGCGCCCUUCCUUCGCUCCGAUUUCUUCGUGGGCGAUUCCAGGUGGGGCGUUCGACUGAAUGAAGUCGCUUAUGGCAGCGGCGUGGACUACCGGCGAAAAGAAAAGAGCUCCAAGCAGACCAAGGGGGGCAGCUGGCGAGGGCUGGCCGAUGACGGUCCAGCCAUUGCAGAGAUCUUGCAGGAAGGCUUCAAGGUGUGCCAACGACAGCCACCUGCCGACUUCCUGCGCACGUUGGGGGCCAAAAAUGCCAUCUAUGAGGCGUCGGGCCGCAUGGCGCAGCUUCUUUCGAGCACCAAGAGCGGGGGUCCACCAAGUGAGCCCCGGAUGCGCAUCGAGGCGGUUCCGCCCCACCAGCGCUUGCAGCUGCUGCCAGAAGAUGCGGUUCGGGAAAUGAUCGGACGCUACGAAGGGCCUGAGAAUAUCUUGUCUCAAACAGGGAAAGUCCAAGCGAGCAGUUGCGAGACACAGCCCGCGCAAGACCUAGGUUUGUCCGCUUGGCCGUAUGCGCAGAUGGGUCCGGCUGGUUAUGCUCCACCCAGCACACGAGUCGGGGGCCGAAGAGAAUGGGUCAAGACCUUCCGCUUCGGCUGCGGCUUCGGCUUGGCACUGAGUGCCGUGGCCGACGGAUUGCGACGCCCUUUGCUGCGCUUUUCUCGAUCGUGA